AUGGUUCACGUUGCAAAAUUUUUAGACGAACGUCCUACUGAAAUUCCUUCCAUCCUUGCUGGUGGAUACAACCACCCUCUAUUGAGAGAAUGGCAGAAUGAAAGACAGUUGACUAAGAGCAUGUUCAUUUUCCCGCUAUUCAUUAGUGACCAGGACGAGGAAGAGACCCUGAUACCAUCGCUACCAAACAUCAAGAGAUUUGGUAUCAACAAAUUGAAGGAUUAUGUUGCUGGUUUGGUUGCCAAAGGUUUACGUUCGGUGAUCUUGUUUGGUGUUCCAUUGAAGCCUGGUGCUAAGGACGAGGUUGCAACCGCAGCUGACGAUCCAGAUGGGCCUGUCAUCAAGGCUAUCAAGUUGUUGCGUAAGGAAUUCCCAGAUUUGUACAUUAUCUGCGAUGUGUGCUUGUGUGAAUACACUAGUCAUGGUCACUGUGGGAUCUUGUAUGAAGAUGGUACUAUCAACAGAGAAAAAUCUGUGCAAAGAAUUGCUGCUGUUGCUGUGAACUAUGCGAUAGCUGGUGCGCACUGUGUUGCCCCAAGUGAUAUGAUUGAUGGUAGAAUCAGAGAGAUCAAAAUGGGAUUGAUCGAACACGGAUUAGCCCACAAGACGUUUGUUAUGAGUUACUCUGCCAAGUUUAGUGGUAAUUUGUACGGUCCAUUCAGAGAUGCAGCAUGCUCGCAACCAGGUCAAGGUGAUCGUAAGUGCUACCAGUUGCCUCCAGGUGGUCGUGGUUUAGCCAGACGGGCAUUGAAAAGAGAUUUGGCUGAGGGUUCCGAUGGUAUUAUCGUCAAGCCUUCGACUUUUUACUUGGACGUUAUGUCCGAUGCUGCUGAAAUUUGUCGCGAUAUUCCAGUUUGCGCAUACCACGUCAGUGGUGAAUACGCAAUGUUGCAUGCUGCUGCUGAAAAGGGUGUUGUUGACUUGAAGAGCAUUGCUUUUGAAUCCCACUACGGUUUCUUGAGAGCUGGUGCUCGUUUAAUCAUCAGUUACCUCACCCCUGAGUUUUUGGAAUGGUUAGAUGAAGUGAACUAA